AUGUCCAACUUUGACGAUGCUGGAAUUUACUACCAGGAGAGAUUCUUCGCCAACGAUGGGAUUCCAGACGCUGGACGUCAGCUGAUCACUGAGUACCGCCAGAUUUGCGAACAAUUUCGCCGCUUCAUUAGAGAGUUCUCCACUGGAGGAGCAAGGGGGCUACACUAUCGUGACGAGCUUAAAAAAAAUUACAACGCCAAGCACUACUUUCUUGAAGUGAACCUUACACAUCUGAGACAAUUCGAUGAAGAUGCCGAGUCGAAGUUGCGCACUUAUCCAACGAGGUUUCUUCCUGCUUUCGAGGAGGCAGCUCGUACUGUUGCAGAUGAACUCACUGCUCCACGAUCAGAAUCUGAUGAGGAGAUGCAAGACAUCCAGAUUUCUCUGACAUUGGAUGAUUAUCCAAUUCCAAUCCGGAGAGUGAAGAGCUCGCAGGUAUCUCAAGUUGUGAAGGUAUCUGGUAUAAUCGUUGCAGCUUCACAGGUCCGCGCGAAAGCAACAAAAAUAACCUUGCAGUGUCGCACUUGUUUCCACACCAUCAGUGACCAAGUAUUGAAACCUGGUCUUGAAGGGUUCCAGCUUCCAAGAUCAUGUGGAGCUGCACAGUACGGCCAACUGCAACGGUGCCCACUUGAUCCUUACCACAUUGUUCCCGACAAAUGUCAUUGCGUAGACUAUCAGAUCCUGAAACUUCAAGAGAAUCCUGAGGAUGUACCUCAUGGGGAGAUGCCUCGUCAUCUUCAACUGUAUUUUUUUUUCAGAUAUCUCACCGAUAAACUAGCACCUGGGAAUCGGGUCACUCUUGUCGGUGUUUUCUCUAUUAAGAAGUUGGCUCAGAAGGACAAAACCUUUACUGGAAUACGUACUCCUUAUCUUCGUGUACUAGGGAUUAAGGUGGAAGCUGGAGGUCUUGGAAGAACUGAACAUAAACAUUUCACUCCUGAAGAUGAGCGAAAAUUCAAGUUGUUGGCUAUGCGACCCGAUGUGUACGAGCUGAUAGCGAAAAGCAUAGCCCCAUCCAUUUACGGGUUCACGGAUAUUAAAAAAUCAGUUGCUUGCUUGUUGUUUGGAGGAUCGAGGAAAAGACUCCCUGAUGGGUUAACUCGUCGUGGUGACAUAAAUGUUCUUCUUCUUGGAGAUCCAGGUACAGCGAAAUCACAGCUGUUAAAAUUUGUGGAACAAGUGGCACCAAUUAGCGUAUACACCUCUGGAAAAGGUUCAUCAGCCGCUGGUCUGACUGCUUCCGUGAUUCGUGAUCCAUCAUCGCGAUCGUUCAUGAUGGAAGGUGGCGCAAUGGUCUUAGCUGACGGAGGUGUCGUCUGCAUUGAUGAGUUUGAUAAAAUGCGAGAGGACGAUCGUGUAGCUAUUCACGAGGCUAUGGAACAGCAAACCAUCUCCAUUGCUAAGGCUGGUAUAACAACUACACUGAACUCACGAUGUUCUGUACUCGCUGCGGCAAACUCUGUUUAUGGUCGUUGGGAUGACAGUCGUGGUGACGAGAACAUCGAUUUCAUGCCAACGAUUUUGUCUCGUUUCGAUAUGAUACAUAUAGUCAGGGAUACUCAUGAUAUGAGGCGAGAUGAGACACUGGCGAAGCACGUCAUUGACGUCCAUGUGAACGCUUCUCAUGUUGGUGAGAAGAGCACUAUGGAGACGAGUGCAAAUACCGACGGUGAAACAGAAAUGUUUGACGCGGAUGGAUUUCUCACUUUAGAAUUCCUGAAGAAGUACUGUUCUUAUGCUCGGAUGAACUGUGGUCCUAGAUUAACAACCCAAGCUAGCGAGAAACUUGCUAAUAGCUAUGUUCGAAUGAGGAAUCCUCCUGUAGACCUUGAUGAAAUCAGACUAGGCAAAAAGGCUUCCAAGUCCUCAAUUUCAAUCACGGUUCGCCAGCUGGAAGCCGUUGUGAGGAUAAGUGAAAGUCUAGCGAAACUAGAAUUGCAGCCAUUUGCGCUUGAUAAACAUGUGGACGAGGCGCUCCGUCUCUUCCGUGUUUCCACCGUUGAGGCUGCUGCGACUGGAAAUCUUGCGGGUAUCGAAGGUUUCACAUCAGACAUCGAUCAGGAGUCUAUGCAAAGAAUUGAGACCCAAAUGAAAAAGAGAUUUUCUGUUGGGACCCACGUCUCAGAACUUGUGAUAGUUCAGGACUUUGUCAUGCGCCAAGGUUACAACGAAACUUUGGUUAAAAAGGUCAUCAUGAACAUGGUGAGACGCGGUGAUUUACAAUACAAAAUGCAAAGAAAGAUGUUGUUUCGCGUUCGUUGA